GAAGUGCCGUACAGCGCGGAGUAUUGCUGUGCCAGCUGUUGAAGAAGUUGUUGAUACUAAACAAUAUGGAACUUGUUUCAAAAUCAAAUAUGAGCACCUUAGAGGAUCGUUCAACAAAAAGUAUGGAAAAACUAAAAAUGUUGGACAUAACACGAGACAGACCAGUCAAAGUGGCUGUAAAGGUGGCUGUGCCAGUGCGGGAUCAUCCAAAGUUCAAUUUCGUUGGUAAACUACUGGGCCCAAAAGGCAACUCCAUGAAACGUUUACAGGAGGAGACAAUGUGCAAAAUGGCGGUGUUAGGUCGCGGGUCGAUGCGCGAUCGCAAAAAGGAGGAAGAAUUGCGCGCCAGUGGUGACAGUCGUUAUGCACAUCUAUUCGAAGAUCUGCAUGUAGAGAUUUCAACGUUUGCAGCACCAGCAGAAGCGCACGCACGCAUAGCGUACGCGCUGGCCGAAGUGAGGAGGUUUUUGGUGCCGGACUAUCACGACGACAUACGACAGGAACAGAUGUGGGAGAUGCAAGCGCUGAGUUCCUCGUCAUCGCUAACCUACACCGAUGAUCAGCAUAGUCCCAAUCGCGGUGGUGUCACCGAUAUGGAUACAUCGAAUGAUGAGAAGCUGGAGAUGGAGCCUAACGGCAUGGAAUGUAAUACGCUCGAAAAAGCUGAUGCACAGCAGGUGAGUCUGAGCAGUGAGCAGCAACAUCUCCAGCAUCAACAACAACAACAACAACAACACCAACAGCAACAACGCAAUUUGCAUCAUUUACUACACCAACCGCCGCCAUCAACACGAGGCCCUACUACCGCAGUAGCAUUAGCGUCCCAUCACCACACCAAUCUCUUGCCAACCGGUACUGACGGUGGCCUAUGUCAGAAAUCAAAUGCCAGCAGCGCAGCAACUACAAUGAAUUCCUUCCCACUAGUGCAUCCAGCUGCAAUGACAGUUGCACUACAACACCAAUUGACCGCAGCCAGUAUUGGUAACAUGUUAAAGCCUACAGUGACUGCGGCAGGUGUGCCUACAGUGGCCGAUUUACACACAUCGGCGGCGCAACAGUCCAACACUGCCGCCGGCAUACCAUUACCCACGGAGGCUGAAACGCCCAUGGCAGCAACGUUGGGCUUGUUGGAUCCGCCCACCGGCGCGCUGCUGCAUCCGGCAUUGCGCAGUGUCAAGGCGAUUAAUAUUGCAGGUGGACUGGCACGCAAACGGCCACUUUUGGGUGUGCCACGCUCUAGCAUGAAUCCAACUAAACGCACUGUAAUGACUUUGCUGGCCAGAGCUAAAAACUCGCAGGCUUUGCAUGCGGUACGAAAUCCAAUUGCAGCAGCCACAGCGGCCAGGUUCGCUGAUCCCUUACAGAUGCUUACCUCCCCAUUCAUCUUAUCGUCUCAGCCAAUGGAUCAGUCGAUGCUGACAUUUCCUAAGGAAAGCCUGGCACAAGGAGUCUAAGUAUUUAACACAAAAAAGGUAUUUUGAAUUGAAAAAUUUUGAUCCUUAUUGAGCCCGCCUCCACCUACACACCAAUGUAUUACAAUUAAGAAAUCACAAAACAAUACAAGAAUAUUUAAUAAAUAUAUUUAAAAAAAAAAAAACCAAAAACCAAAAACUCGCCCAACGCAAAUAUAAAUAAAAACUUCAAAACACGUGAAAUGUUAAAUAAAUGAAAAAAUAAAUUAUACAGAUAUUUAUACAAUUAUACCUAAACUUAUCGGAAUGUUGAAGUUGACGGACGACACAUUACGAGUAUUAUGAAGAAACACAUCUUUAGGGACUAACUGGCAACAUAAGUGUACACGACAAGUAACUUUGCAAACAAAAACCGAAAACAAAAACAAAAACAAAAUCGCAAUAUAUUUUAUUUACACAUAAAAACUAAACACUUAAACUAUAUUACUAAAAUCAAAGCAAAAAGUAUAUAAAUAUAAG